CCCACGAGCGAAAUGGCCCGCAUGGGUCACAGCAGUGAUUGGGCUCUCAUUCUCAAAGAAAAAAAAAAGCAGUGAUUUGGCUCUCCUCUCCCGUCGAUCGUCUCUCUCGCCCAGACUCCAACCAAAUCCCGCGCUUCCCCAUCACCCUUUUCCUCGCUGCACUUGAGAGCAACUAACCGUGAGUGAGCUCCUCCGCGCGCCCGGGCCCGGCCGCCGACAUGGGCGCCGCCACCAUCCUUGUGCUCCUUGCAACGACUCACGCCAUCCUGGCUGCCCAACAGCGGCCGAUCACGCUUGCCGGUUGCCCCGACAAGUGCGGCGACAUCAGCAUCCCCUUCCCGUUCGGCAUGAAGCCUGGCUGCUUCCUUGAGGGCUUCGAGGUCACCUGCAACCACUCCUUCAACCCCCCUCGCGCCUUCCUUUCGCAGGACUCGAUAUAUCAACGAGUGGGUUAUGCCAAUUACACGACCAGGAACUACUCGGACCUGGGGACGUUAAACCCUGUUGACGUGUUGAACGUUUCGAACGUGCCUGCCGAGCUCAUCGAUAUAUCAGUUCCAGGAGUGAGCUCCGGGCAUACGGCCUGGUCAGAUACGACUGCCUGCUCAUGGAUGGUAAUAACCGUCACUUGCUCAAGCUUGAACGUACGAAUCUGGGUAGGUUUGGCGGGCGGAGGCCGUUCCUCCUGUCACCGCUGCGCAACGUCGUCAUCGGUGUCGGCUGGGACGUCCAGCCGGAGAUGGCGUUCGGCAGAUCCAUAGACCGAGACGCGCUACAUGAUCGGCUGUCUUUCCUACAUCAAACACAGCUUCCUGACAAACGGGUCGUGCUCGGGGCGGGGGUGCUGCGAGGCCUCCAUCCCGUCUGAGAAGGAUGUGGACUUCUCCAUCAGAGCUUUCACGGUGGUGUUCGAGCCUCAGAAGGAGAGAGACAUGCCAGGCGAUGACAUGAGCACCAACAGUCCGUGCUCCUACGCCAUGAUGGUGGAGCGCUCCUGGUACAACUUCUCCUCUGAGGACAUGUUUGGCCGCAUGGUGCUACCAAACAAGUACCCCAGGGGUGUCCCCUUCGUGCUCGAUUUUGCCAUCAGGAACCGUUCCUGUACUGCUCAAGGCCAGCAGCCACCUCAGGACUACGCAUGCAUCAGUGGCAACAGCUAUUGUGCCAAGGCACCCAGUGGUAACGGCUAUGUCUGCAGGUGUCAAGACAACUACGACGGCAACCCUUACAUCACUAAUGGAUGCCAAGACAUUAAUGAGUGCGACCUCCAUCCGAAGAACAAUUGCUCGGCUGGCUCCUUCUGCAAGAACACGCCGGGAGGAUAUGAGUGUCCAUGCAAAGUUGGAAUGAAAGGCAAUGGCAAAAAAGGACCCUGCACUGAGAAUUUUCCCAUGCCAGCAAAGGUGAUUGUAGGUGUUUCUUCAUCGAUUGUCGUUGUUGUGCUUAUGCUUAUGGUCAAUCAAUUCCUAAAACUCAAGAAGUUCUAUGAACAAAAUGGCGGUCCAAUACUAAAAGGUGUCAAGAAUAUAAGGAUUUAUACAAGGAAACAACUGAAACAAAUAACAGGUAACUACAAGCAUCCCAUUGGAGAGGGUGCCUUCGGUAAGGUUUAUUUGGGGACUCUUGAAGACAAACAACAAGUGGCUAUAAAGAGGUCCAUCAAAGUUGAAAAGGAAAGAACGAAAGAGUUCACUGAUGAGGUAAUAAUCCAAUCUGAAAUGAGGCACAAGAACAUUGUUAGGCUCCUAAGCUGCUGCUUAGAGGUGGAUGUUCCCAUCUUGGUUUAUGAGUUUGUACCAAGAGGGAGCCUGUAUGAAGUUCUCUUUCGAGGUGGAGAUAGCAUUCCGGUGAAUACACGUCUGAGGAUUGCUGUAGGGACAGCCGAAGGUCUAGCAUACAUGCAUUCAGCAGGGCAGAGUACCAUCCGUCAUGGUGAUGUUAAAUCUGCCAAUAUACUUCUUGAUGAAAUUUUCAUCCCAAAGGUUUCAGACUUUGGGACCUCCUCUCUACUGGCAAGAGGAACGGACGAGAUGACUGAAAAUGUCAUUGGGGACAAGAGUUACAUAGAUCCUAUUUAUAUGCAAGAAGGUAUCGUCACACAGAAGAGCGAUGUCUAUAGCUUCGGAGUUGUUCUGAUAGAGCUUGUUACAAGGAGGGCCGCAAAAUAUGACAAGGAGAGGAGCUACAUUAAAAACUUCGUACAAGCUUGUCUUGGCAAAAGAGCAAGGGAAUUUUUUGAUAAUGAUAUUACAAGUGAUGAAGAUAUUAAGAUCUUAGAAAUGGUCAGUGAAGUCGCUGUGGAGUGUUUGAAAACAAAUCCAGAAGAACGCUUACAUAUGCGACAGGUAGAAAGCCGCCUGUUCUAUAUUAGUGCACAAUCUGUACAUUAUGGGCAGGAGACGAACGACCUGAGAAAUCUUAGUCCUAGUCCGGAAGAUAUUGCUUUGCCUACGAGUGGGGAGAACGAAGCAUCUACCGACUAAAGAAGUACCAUGUGCUAGUAUAUUUCAUAUAUUUUCAUCUGGUUAUGUAAUGUACUGGUUUCGAUUUGUCAAGACUGAAGACAUUAAGUUAUGUACUAAUAAUCCCUAUGUAUCCGAAGUAGACCCACAAUGUAGCUUUGUUGCAUAUACCCGUUUUUGAGGUAU